AUGCCAUACGUAUGCGCCCAACCUUGGUCUGUAGACUAUGGGAUGAAACUUUUAUCUCUGAUGUCUGCACCCAAGAUAAAUGAUGUUCCUACCAUGGAUGUACUCACUGAAAGGGAACUCAAUGCUUUGAUUUUACAGGAACCUGAUGAGCACCCCAGCCAUGUACUUUCCUUGAUAUUCAAAACCUUUAGCCCUACAAUUCCUUUUGCAAAUUCACUUACUGUUUCUUUAAAUACCAAAACUCCACUUUACCUUCGUAAUUUCAGGAAAAAACAAAAUUUCACCAACAAGGGCAAAAACAAGUCAGUGUCACUGUAUGAUACUGUGAAUCAUUGGGUGCUUCCCACAUGCGAGUGGUGUGCUAGCAAGUCACCUGACAAAAGUAGGCAGGAUCUCAGAGAGGAUGAGAAGGAUGAUAAAGAGGAUGAAGAACAGGACUCAGAAGAAGAAGGGAAUGAUGGCAAGGAUGUAGCAGUUGGCAUAGACUCGGAUGACUGGCAGACCUGCCUGAUGUUGGCACAGCACUGCCACCUCCAGGACCAAUAUUCCCUUGCAUCAUACCCUUACCCCGACCUUACCCUGGUCAUCCUUGUCAUCCUCGCAUUCCCCUUUGCUCUCUAUCUGUCGCUUCAGCAGAGCCAGUACAUCUGGCCGGAUCCUUUCACUGACGAAGCAUACCCAUGCUCCGUUCCACCACCUGACUGA